UUUCUCCUCCUCUCUCUCCUCUCGGUGUUGUUCGGGGGACACAGUGAGGUACAGCGGGCCCUUCAGAUGUGGAGGAGGGGGGAAAUGGACACAGACGCUGCUGCGGAUAUCCGUCUCGUACCUACCUGACACAAAACGGUUUUUUCCUCCUAAUUUCCUUUUUUUAUUUGUUUUAUUUUUUAGUCUUCUCUCCUGCUGACGGUUCGGUGAAGAGGCGACCGAUGAGAUAGUCUGGUUUCGUAACGUGCUGCUGAACACCGGUGCAGCGCGGAGGACAAGAAAGAAAGAAAAGAAAACAAAACAAAAAAAGGACCCUUUCCAAGGAUUUAAAGGAGAGCCGCUAUCAGUGUCACCUGGGAUUUUUUUUUCUUUCGGUUCAAAUUAGCGUAGCCGCACGCGUGGUAUCUCUCCAAGAGAUUUUUCAUGCCUGGUUAAAAAAAAGAGCCAAAAUUUAAAUUCCUAAAACAGACCUCUUUACCAGAAGAUAAAAUAAAUAAGGGGUUGAAUGUGUUUGCCCCAAGCCUCGACACCAUGAGCACACUCUCGCCGACCGACUUCGACAGCAUGGAGAUCCAGCAGCAGUAUAACGACAUCAACAAUCGCUGGGACCUGGCAGCCGAGACGGACUGGGACAAUGAGAACAGUUCGGCACGUCUCUUUGAGCGCUCUCGCAUUAAAGCUCUUGCAGAUGAACGUGAAGCAGUGCAGAAGAAGACUUUUACCAAAUGGGUGAACUCUCACUUAGGCCGAGUGACCUGUCGUAUUGGUGAUUUAUACACAGACCUCCGAGAUGGYCGAAUGUUAAUCCGCCUUCUCGAAGUGCUCUCAGGAGAACAGCUGCCAAAACCAACUAAGGGCCGCAUGCGUAUCCACUGCCUUGAGAAUGUCGACAAAGCCCUGCAGUUUCUGAAGGAACAAAAGGUCCAUCUAGAAAAUAUGGGCUCACAUGACAUUGUGGAUGGGAAUCACCGUCUAACCUUGGGUCUCAUAUGGACCAUCAUCCUUCGUUUCCAGAUCCAGGAUAUCAGUGUGGAGACGGAAGACAACAAGGAAAAAAAAUCAGCCAAAGAUGCCCUGCUGCUUUGGUGCCAAAUGAAAACUGCUGGAUAUCCCAAUGUCAACAUCCACAACUUCACCACCAGCUGGAGGGAUGGCCUGGCGUUCAAUGCCAUCGUACACAAGCACAGGCCUGAUGUGAUUGAGUUUGACAACCUGAAAAGGUCCAAUGCUCACUACAAUCUCCAAAAUGCCUUUAAUGUGGCCGAGAAGGAACUAGGGCUCACCAAGCUGCUAGACCCAGARGAUGUGAAUGUUGAUCAGCCUGAUGAAAAGUCCAUCAUCACUUAUGUGGCAACCUACUAUCAUUACUUCUCAAAGAUGAAAGCCUUGGCAGUGGAGGGCAAACGAAUUGGCAAGGUGCUUGACUAUGCUAUUGAAGCAGACCAGCUGAUUGAUAAGUACGAGACGCUAGCAUCAGAGCUSUUGCAGUGGAUCGAGCAGACGAUAGGGACCCUCAAUGAUCGACAGCUGGCCAACUCCCUGAGUGGUGUUCAGAACCAGCUCCAGGCUUUCAACUCUUACAGGACCGUGGAGAAACCCCCGAAAUUUACAGAGAAAGGGAACUUGGAGGUGCUUCUCUUUACUAUUCAAAGCAAGAUGAGAGCAAAUAAUCAGAAAGUUUACAUGCCGAGGGAGGGCAAACUCAUCUCUGAUAUUAAUAAGGCGUGGGAACGACUAGAAAAGGCAGAGCAUGAGCGCGAGUUAGCUCUGAGAAAUGAGUUGAUUCGCCAGGAGAAGCUUGAGAUGCUAGCAGCUCGUUUUGAUCGAAAAGCAGCGAUGAGAGAGACUUGGCUGAGCGAGAACCAAAGGCUGGUAUCUCAGGAUAACUUUGGAACUGACUUGGGAGCUGUGGAAGCUGCCACCCGAAAGCAUGAAGCAAUUGAGACAGACAUAGGAGCGUACUGGGAGCGAGUUGCUGCUGUGGAGGCUGUUGCCAAAGAGCUGGAAGCCGAGAGAUACCAYGAUGUGCGCCGUGUACUUGCACGGAGGGAUAACGUGCUUCGACUCUGGGAAUACCUGAAGGAGCUUCUGGCUGCUCGCAGAGAGCGUCUGAAUUCCCAUCGAGACCUGCAAAGACUGUUUCAAGAGAUGCGCUACAUUAUGGACUGGAUGGCUGAUGAGAAGGGCCGACUGCAGUCUCAGGACAGUGGUAAACAUUUGCAUGAUGUUUUAGACCUGCUGCAAAAGCACAAUCUGGUGGAGGCUGACAUUUCAGCUCAGGCAGAGAGGAUAAAAGCGGUGCAGGGAGCCGCACAGCGUUUCACCUCCYAUGAACAGGCUUACAAGCCUUGUGAACCUGGACUGGUCAGUGAGAAGGUCKACCUGUUGGGGCAGUCGUAUGAAGAACUCAUUCAGCUUGCUGGGAGCCGCAGAGAGCGUCUGGAGGAUUCUCGUCGUCUGUGGCAGUUUCUGUGGGACCUUGGCGAGGAGGCAGCCUGGAUAAGGGAGCAGGAGCAGAUCCUGGCUAGUGGAGACUCUGGCCGCGACCUCACUUCUGCUCUUCAUCUACUCAGUAAACAUGAAGCUUUCAGGGAUGAAAUGGCAGCUCGCUWUGGCCCGCUAAGCAACAGCAUCGCUGCUGGAGAGGCGUUAGUUAAAGAGGGACACUUUGGCGCCUCAGAAGUCACUGAGAGGAUCCAAGACGUCCGUGCACAAUGGGCUCAUCUAGAGGAGACCACUAAACUCAGGGAGCAGAGCCUGAAGGAAUCAGUGGCCCUUCACCAGUUUCAAACGGAUGCUAAUGACAUGGAGGCGUGGAUUCAGGAGACCCACAGACAGGUGUCCAGUCAAGAGGUUGGCCACGACGAGUUCUCCACCCAAUCUCUCGCUCGUAAGCAGAGGGAGAUUGACGAGGAGAUUCAAAGCCACCGCCCCCUCAUCGACUCGCUUCAUGAGCAGGCCCAAGCGCUGCCACAGGCCUACAUGCAUGAGCCUCAAGUGGAUGGUCGUCUGCCUGCAAUUGAGCAGCGCUAUGAAGAACUGGAGUCUAUGUCAGCAGCUCGGCGCCAGGCUCUGGAGGGAGCUCUGGCCCUUUAUCGCAUGUUCAGUGAAGCUGAUGCCUGCCAGCUCUGGGUGGAAGAAAAGGAGCAGUGGUUGGACGGCAUGGAGAUUCCUACCAAACUGGAGGACCUGGAGGUGGUGCAGCAGAGAUUUGACACACUGGAACCUGAGAUGAACAACGUAGGCGCUCGGGUCAAUGACGUGAACCAGGUGGCUGAACAGCUGCUGAACUCAGAAAACUGCAACAAAGACCAAAUCCACCAGACAAAAGACAAACUGAACAACAGAUGGAAAGAGUUCGAGCAUUUGGCUGGUCAGAAGAAACAAGCUCUCGAGUCGGCUCUUAACAUCCAGAACUACCACCUAGAGUGUAAUGAGAUUCAGACUUGGAUGAAAGAAAAGACCAAAGUGAUUGAAUCUACUCAGGGCCUGGGGAACGACCUGGCUGGAGUGAUGGCACUGCAGCGCAAGCUCACUGGGAUGGAGAGGGAUCUUGAGGCUAUUCAGGGUAAAUUGGACGACUUGAAAAAAGAGGCAGAGAAGUUGGCCAGCGAGCACCCAGAACAAGCUGGAGAAAUACAAGGACGCUUGGCUGAGAUUCAGGAGGUGUGGGAGGAGUUAAACGCCACCAUGAAGCAACGAGAGGAGUCACUGGGAGAAGCCAGCAAACUUCAAGGUUUCCUCAGGGAUCUGGAUGACUUCCAGUCCUGGCUGUCUCGCACUCAGACGGCGGUGGCCUCAGAAGACAUUCCUACGUCUCUGCCCGAGGCGGAGAGUCUGCUCGCCCAACACGAGAGCAUCAAGAAUGAAAUCGACAACUACAAGGAGGACUAUGAGAAAAUGCGAGCGGUUGGUGAGGAAGUGACCCAAGGUCAGACAGAUGCCCAGUACAUGUUCUUGGCCCAGAGGCUUCAGGCUUUGGACACUGGCUGGCAUGAGUUACGUCAGAUGUGGGAGAACCGCCACAGUCUUUUGGCCCAGGCCUUUGAUUUCCAGACUUUCCUUAGAGAUGCAAAACAAGCAGAGGCUUUCCUCAACAGCCAGGAGUACGUGCUUUCCCACACAGARAUGCCCACCAGUCUUCAGGCAGCAGAGGAGGCCAUUAAGAAGCACGAAGAUUUCCUCACAACCGCAGAGGCCAGCGAGGAGAAGAUAACUGGUGUAGUGGAGGCUGGAAGGCGCCUCAUUAACGACUCCAACGCAAACGCCGAUAAGAUCCAAGAAAAAGUUGAUUCAGUCCAGGAAAGACAUCGUAAGAAUAAGGAGGCUGCUAAUGAACUGCUGGCAAAGCUCAAGGACAACUGUGAACUUCAGCACUUCCUCCAAGAUGGACAGGAGCUCACUUUGUGGAUUAAUGAGAAGAUGCUGACGGCACAAGACAUGUCUUACGAUGAAGCUAGAAAYCUUCACAGCAAGUGGCAGAAACACCAGGCUUUCAUGGCUGAGCUGGCCUCCAACAAAGACUGGCUGGACAAGAUUGAUAAGGAGGGUCAAGCGCUCGUGGCAGAGAAGCCUGAGUUGAAACCUGUAGUCCAGCAGACCUUGGAAGAUCUACAGGGUCAGUGGGAGGAGCUGGAGAGCAGGACUCGCUCCAAGGACCAGUGCUUGUUCGAAGCUCACAGGGCAGAAAUCUUCACACAGAGCUGCUCCGCUCUGGAUGACUGGCUGAAAAACAUAGAGAGCCAGCUGCAUAAUGAUGACUAUGGAAAAGAUCUGACCAGUGUUAACAUUCUCCUCAAAAAGCACCAGAUGCUGGAGCAUCAGAUGGAGGUCAGAGAGAAGGAGGUGCAGUCCCUACAGUCCCAGGCUGUUGCUCUGUCCCAGGAGGACGCUGGGCUGGCUGAGGUAGACGGUCAGCAAAAACGUGUCAUCGACAGCUUCUCCGGCCUCCAGGAGCCUCUCGGUGUGAGACGACAGAAACUUCUGGCCUCCAAAGAAGCACAUCAGUUCAACAGAGACUUGGAAGAUGAAAUUCUUUGGGUGAAAGAGAGGAUGCCCCUCGCAACUUCCACAGACCAUGGAAAAGAUCUGCCCACUGUGCAGCUGCUAAUCAAGAAGAACCAGACUUUGCAAAAAGAGAUCCAGGGCCACCAGCCUCGCAUCGAUGACAUCCACAGACGAGGUGAGGACCAGAGCCAGGUGGACGGUGAAAGACAGUCUCUUCUAAAAGAGCGCCUCGUUGAGCUGAAGGACCUCUGGGACCAGCUGAUCGCAGAGACGGACAAGCGCCGCGCCCGCCUGGUAGAGGCACAUUGCGCCCAGCAGUUUUAUGCUGACGCAGCGGAAGCAGAAGCCUGGAUGGGAGAGCAAGAGCUGCACAUGAUGUCAGAAGAAAAAGCAAAGGAUGAACAAAGUGCUCUCGUWAUGGUCAAGAAGCACCAAAUCCUGGAACAGGCCCUUGAGGAUUAUGCCCAGACUAUUCACCAGCUGGCCAACAGCAGUCGCCUCAUGGUCAACAGUGAACACCCAGAGAGUGAAAGAAUCACCUUGAGGCAAGCCCAAGUUGACAAGCUGUACGCAGGGCUGAAAGACCUCGCAGAGGAGCGUCGUGGCCGUCUUCAGGAGAGGCUGCGGCUGACCCAGCUGAAGCGGGAGGUGGAYGACCUGGAACAAUGGAUUGCAGAGCGGGAGGUGGUCGCUGGCUCUCAUGAACUGGGACAAGACUAUGAACACGUCACAAUGUUGAGGGACAAGUUCCGCGAGUUUGCUCGCGACACCAGCACUAUCGGCCAAGAACGCGUGGAUGGCGUGAACGCGUUGGCAGAUGACCUCAUCGAGUCGGGUCACCCUGAGAACGCCAGUAUAGCCGAGUGGAAGGACGGUUUGAAUGAAGCCUGGGCCGAUCUCUUGGAGCUAAUAGAUACACGCACACAAAUGCUGGCAGCUUCCUAUGAGCUGCAUAAAUUCCAUCAAGAUGCCAUGGAGGUGCUCGGACGCAUUAAAGAGAAAAAAGAAGCCCUGCCUUCAGACCUCGGCCGUGACCUGAACACUGUCCAGCACCUCCACAGACAGCACGCCACUGCUGAAAAUGACAUCCAGGCUCUCAGUGGACAGGUGAACCAGGUGCAGGAUGAUGCUGCACGGCUGCAGAAGGCCUACGCCGGGGAAAAAGCCGAUGAGAUUCAGAGGAGUGAACAUGCCGUGACCUCUGCCUGGGAGGGCCUGCUGGAGGCCUGUAAGACCCGCAGGCUCCUCCUGCUGGACACGGUGGAGAAAUUCCGCUUCUUCAACAUGGUGCGGGACCUCAUGCUCUGGAUGGAUGGAGUCAACCUGCAGAUCGAUGCACAUGACAGCCCCAGGGAUGUGUCAUCUGCCGGGUUAGUCAUUGCCAAUCAUCAGGACAUCAAAUCAGAGAUUGAGACCAGAGCGGACAGCUUUACUGCCUGCACCGAUCUGGGAAAGAGUCUCAUCAACAACCAUCACUAUGCUGCCGAUGAGAUUCGAGAGAAACUGGCUCAGCUCCAAGAAAAGAGAGACAGGAUCAACAAGAGGUGGCAAGACAAGAUGGACCAUUUACAAAUUGUCCUGGAAGUGCUGCAGUUUGGACGCGACGCCUCUGUGGCAGAGUCUUGGCUGGCCGGGCAGGAGCCUCUCGUGCGCGCAGCAGAGCUGGGCGCGAACGUAGAUGAAGUCGAGAGCCUAAUCAAGCGCCACGAAGCGUUCGAAAAACUCGCUGCAGCUUGGGAGGAACGCUUUGUGCUGCUGGAGAAACUCACCACACUUGAAGAGCAGGAGAUUCAAAGGAGGCGAGAGGAAGAAGAGCGAGCACGGCGUCCUCCGACCCCACCACYACAAGCAGAAGAAGUGGCACAAACUGAGACAGAGAGUCAAGCACAUGAUUCUGCAGCCAGCAGUCAUUAUCGAUGUCGUUGUCAUUGGGAAAGAAAUCAGAGCCUAAACGUGUGUGUAAGCCAAAACAGCAGGAGCGUGUUCCUUUGAUACGUGUACUUUUUAAAAAUGGCUCGGAGUCUGAGUCAGUUAAUGGACCCGGCAGAGACAGCGGGCUGGCAUCUUCUCGCCUGGAGCCGUCUGCUACGUUACCAAGCAGAGGAGGCGGUGCCGAGUCCGAGCCAGAAAUCAUGGAGGGCAUCCUCUCCCGGAAGCAGGAGAUGGAGUCCCACAACAAAAAGGCAGCUACCAGAUCCUGGCAUAAUGUUUACUGUGUCCUUAGAAAAGGAAACCUUGGUUUCUAUAAGGACAGCAAGAGUGCUAGCAGUGGUGCUACAUACCACGGAGAGGUGCCCAUCAGCUUGGAAGAAGCCGUUUGUGAAAUAGCCCACGACUAUAAGAAGAAGAAACACGUAUUUAAGCUCAGAUUAAGAGAUGGGAAGGAGUACCUGUUCCAAGCCAAGGAUGAGGCGGAAAUGAGCGCCUGGAUCCGUUGCAUCCUGAGCUCCGUUCCCCCUGCAGCAGGAUCAGCGGACUCCCCCGUCGGCCCCCGGCCCCUCAGCCGCGCCAUGACGAUGCCUCCCAUCUCGCCGAGCUCGGGCGACGCUGUCACCAUGCGCAMCAAGGACGGCAAGGAGAAGGACCGMGAGAAGAGAUUCAGCUUCUUUGGCAAGAAGAAAUAGAACACUUGUACAAAAACAAAUCAAUGGGAAUGAAUAAUUCAACAAACUGGGGCAGAUGGGAAAGGAAGGUACACACAAGUCAAACAAACACACUGCCCUCAGCGCAGCCUCCGAGGAGUUUCUCCAGUUAUGUCACUCGGCUCACAGAAAACCUUUUUCUUCCUCCUUGACUUUUUCCUCCUGAGUUUUAUUUACUUGACGUCGGUCAAUAAUUCACAUUGGCCCAGCGCUGAAAGCCCUCAUCCAGUUUCAGACKAGCUCGUUAGUCUCUAACGGGGGUCGUCAUUAACCAGGUUCAGUUCUAGAUCACCAGAGCGGGUCCUCAUCAGGAGAGUCUGAGAGUCUCGACGGAGACGUUGUGAUGACUGGUCUCCAGUAAAACCAUGGAUGAUGGCUUUCUGUGCUUCGGUUUCAUUUUCCUAGUUUUUAUGUUCCUGGUACUGAUGGUAUUAACCUGAUCAAUAUUAUUGAUAAUAUAAUUUUUAUUUCUAUUUAUCUUUUGCAAUUGCUGGUUUGAGGAAACAGUUGAAUUAGUUAUUUUAAUUUAUGUUGUGGAUGGAAACAUUUGGUUCAAGUAGUAAAGAAUGAUGGGCUUGCCCUCUUUUUUUUUAAUUAGAAAGUUUAUGAGGUGUUUUUUGAAACAAAAAUAAAACUCAAGUUUUAGCCGUGUGCUGUAAGUGAUCACAGAUUUCAUUGGGAAAAUGAUAUUUAUAUUUAAUAAGUGUUUUUUUCUUUAAUUUUGCCUGUAUUUGAUUCUUUUCCCUUUUUUGUGUGAGGUCUUUUCUGCUUGGUUUUUAACUUUGUUUUAUUUUUAUUUUUCUGUACAAAGCAGAGAAGAUUAGUUUUCUAGUGUGCGUGUGUGUGCGUGCGUGCGUGUGUGUGAGUUGUGGUGCUGUGGAUUUUUGCAUGUUUAUUUGUUUCUGGUUAAACAUAGACAGAUGGAUGCUGCUUUUUGGUGUUCAAAUGCAGACAAAAACCAGACAAACACAAACUAUAACUGGAAUCGUUUUCCUCUUUUCCUCCAUUUUGGUUUAUCUAUGUGUAAGCUGAUUUAAACAUUCCUAUAGACAUUUUUUUCCUCUCMGUUUCGAGCUCUUAAUAUGUUUCGGUUCAUGUUAUUAACUGGUGCAAGGGGGCAGUUUGUACGAGAAUCCUGCAGGGAUGCCAGCAGAGACCGAUGGACAGCGGGCAGAUUUAUUUCCGAUUUAAUCAGUGGCUGAAGAAGUAAAACAAGACACGCUUUCCAGCUGAGACGAGCCUGAGCUUUACUUGAACCUGCUACUUUUCCACAAACCCACCCUCCGUUCAAACAGGCUUAAAGGAAGUUUUUCUUAGUUCAAAGAUGUGAAUGUUAAACGCGUGCCCUGUGGCAAUGACCUAAUGUAUGUCAGUGGAUUAUAGCUCUAGAUGAAUAUAGCUGUAAUCACGAGAACCUGUGUGCCACAAACAGAAGUAGUUUCAAUGAAUAAAGUCCUACAGGAAGUUGUUUUAUGCUCUUGCAACUGCGGCAUGACUUAAUGUAAGUGUAAACGCCUGAUCAUUGCCAUCUACAGUCUUUUCUGUCUUAAUGUAUGCUGAAAAAUAAAGCAGCUCACCUCGUUCAGGACCAAUUAACGGCAAGUUUGAUUAAAACUGGUGUUUACCGUAAAAAUGAGACAAGAUCUAGUGCAGUUAAUGUGAACAAAUUGCUCAAAUUUGGUGAAUAAAAUAGUUCACUUCCAGGAUGUUGUGAACGUAGACACGAGCACAAAGUCGACGUGUGUUUGCCUUGUCAGAGUGAUCACGCAUAUGAAUGUUAGACCAAACUGCUGCGAUAGCACAACCAGCUGGAAAUUUAAACAAGUCAGCUUGUUUUUUAUUAUUAUUAUUAUUAUUUGGACUUGUUUUCAGCUUCUAAUGCUACUCUUCAGAUUAGAGGUCCUCAGAAUCAGAGAGGGCAAAUUYCUGACCUUCAGUUCACGAACGCCUGCGGUUUAAAACGUUACAAAUGCCUGAAUCUGUCUGUGGGACUUUGUGUCGCAGGUGCUGUAUGUGACASAGCUUUUGGUUUUAUUGCAGGUUGACUUGAAACUAAACUACAGCGUAGGAACCACAGAUCRUACAUUAAGUGAGCCAAAGUGAUUGGCACAGUUUUGAACGGAGGAGGUCAUUCCUCCCCCACCUCCACCGCUUCCUGUUUCUCUGCUCUGAGCAGCAUCUCGUCGGGCGUUGGCGAGCUCCACCUCAGAGGUCACACGGGGUCACAUCAGCUCAUCUGAAUGUUAAGGACUCGAAUGAAUUUGGCCAAAUUGGUCACGUGAAGCAAAAACUAUUGUUAUACUCGACAUACUGUACACACAAACCUGCAUUACUACAGUACUGUAUAUUUAACAUUUAAUGCAGAAACUCCCUGGUAUUUGAACUCACAUAUUGCAUCUUUUUAAAAGUAUCUUCGCGCUACAGGUGAGUUUUGAACKGAAUAUAAGAAGUUUAAGUUAUAGAUGUCAAACAGGUUUUUGGUUCUUAAGAGUACUGCUAACAAUGAAGAAAAAACUGCUUUUACAUGUUGAGUAUUCACAGACUGAUGGUUUGAGCUUCCUCUUUUUACAUGAAAGUUGAAUAUUUGCUGUCUGAUGGAGCUUGUUUUUAUUUUAAAUCCAGUGGUCUGUCUCGCAGCAUUCGAUAAGCCUUUUCUCCUAAACACGCCCUCUCCCAUUUCUCGGUACUUUUGACGAAUGUCUGUUCCUUCCUCUAUAAACCAGUUGUUAUUACCACUAUUAUUAUUAUUAUUAAUUGCUAUGAUGAUCAUUAUUGCUACUGUCGUUACUACUACUGUUACUAAUGCAACCUACUGCAAAAACUGCUGUCCAUUUUCAGGUAUGCGUCUGUGAAACCAGGCCCUUCCACACGAUGUCAGUGUGCCGUGGAGCAUUUUCAUUACAAUUCAAGAAUACCGUUUGUUGACUUGUGUAUCUACAUCUAAUAUUAGGAGUAAUAAAACAUGGUUUAAUCCAAAA